AAUUCUCUAGUUAUGUCUCGUAUUCUAUGAAGUUAAUGACGUUUGUGGGGCUGAUUUUUGUUAGUUUCCUCUUCCAAAAAUUCGUGUUUUGGGUUUCAGAGUCCCCUCUUUCUCUUGCCCUUUUUGGGUAAACAAUUCGAUUUUAGUGCAGGUUCCGUGUUUGAACAAAUUCCCUGGUGGGUCUCCGAGGGUUGACUGAACAUUUUCUGAUAUUGAUGACCUAAUCGUCUUUCUUAAGAUCCAUUCGUGGAUGUAUUCUGCUAAGAUUCUGUUAUAAUUACUGCUUAAAGUCUUGUAGUUUGAGGAUCCUGGUAAUUUUAUUGGGGGGAAUAAUGGAGGAUCAGGCGGGUUUAGGAGGUGGAGCCUCUGUCAAUAUCGGAAGGGAAGAGGAAGAAGAUGAAUUUUGCAGUUGUUGUUGUGAAGAAGAAGAAGAAUUAUGGAAAGAAUCUGAGCAGCCGGUGGUAGAAAAAUCGAAGGAGGACUGUGAUGAAUCUUCAGUAAAAAUGUUCUUCAAGGGCUUGUCUAUAGCUGGUGUUGAAAAUUCCACUUCGGGGUAUUCUGGAAUUGGAGUGGUCAUGGAAAGACCAUCUGGUCUUCCACCUAUCCAGGUGCAGAAAAAACUCGAUUUUUAUGCAGAAAAGCUAUUAGCUGAAUACUUGGCUCUCAUCGAUGGCUUGCUGGAAGCUAUGCAGAAUAACAUCCACCGGGUUUACGCUUUUACAGAUUCUGAGUUAUUGUACGAUCAGAUAACAUUUGAGAAGAAUCUUGAAAUGCCACUUUUGAAAGCACUGAGAGAGAGGGCUCUGGAGCAUGCUAAUAAUUUUGAAUCAUUUGUCCUUAAUCUUGUUCCCAGCAUUGAUCUUGAGAAACCGCUGCAAUUAGCUAAAGUAGCUAUUGGCCUUGUCUCUCUUCCUAUAGAUGGUGGGAAAGUGCUUGAAAGCUGUUCUAUUUGUUGUGAGGACAAGCCAUUGGCAAUAAUGAUCGCCAUGAAAUGUUCGCACAAGUUUUGUUCGCAUUGUUUGAGAGCUUAUAUUGAUGGAAAGGUACAGUCUUGUCAAGUACCUAUAAGAUGCCCUCAACCAAGAUGCAAAUAUUACGUCUCUACUGCAGAAUGCAGGUCUUUUCUUCCAUUGACCUCUUUUGAAUCUUUGGAGAAAGCCCUUGCAGAAGCAAAUGUGUCAGAUAGAAUUUACUGCCCAUUUCCAAAUUGUUCCGUUCUCCUUGACCCUCGUGAAUGUUUAUCAGCUAGGGCAAGUUCAUCUAGCCAAUCAGACAAUUCUUGUGUUGAGUGUCCUGUUUGUGAGAGGUUUAUCUGUGUGGACUGCGAGGUUCCUUGGCAUUCUUCUAUGAGCUGUGAAGAGUACCAGAAUUUACCGGAGGAGGAAAGAGAUGCUUCUGACAUUACCUUGCAUCGCCUAGCUCAAAAUAAACGAUGGAAGCGUUGUCAGCAGUGUCGUCGGAUGAUUGAACUUACUCAUGGUUGCUAUCACAUGACAUGCUGGUGUGGUCAUGAGUUCUGCUAUUCCUGUGGAGCGGAAUACAGGGAUGGCCAACAGACGUGUCAGUGUGUGUUUUGGGAUGAAAACAACUCUGAAGACUCAGUGACUCACUCUCUUCAAGAAUCAGAACAAUGGGCAUGGGAGACUUUUAAUUCUCUCCCCAUGAUCAUGGAUGCAUACUCAGACCAAGAACGUUCACAGCUUGCACUUAUACAACGAUUCCUUGCCGGGGGUUUCAGUCUGAGUGACCAUCAUCCUUGCCAAUCCCCUCCCCGUUGUACAGACUCCUAUGGUGACGCCAUGAAGGAUCUACAUCAGCUUCCGUGGCUCGAGCGAUUUGUCUCUGUGAUAAGUGACAACUACUAUGAAGACUAUAUUCAGUAAAACAUCACCACCAUCUUAGACUGCCAAAUAGAUUUAGUCCAAAAAUGGUCCUCCCUAGAAGAGGUCAUCUCAAUGUGGUCUUCUCACUUUUCCAAGACAACAUAAAUCCUAAACUAGUCCUCCCCACUUUGAUAACGUCUCAAUCGUAUGAGUGGCUUGGAUUAGUAAUGAUGAAGUGUGAUUGUUCACUGCCUAUUUGGUAUUAUUUUCACUUAGAAAUACCUUAAAUACAUGCUUUUAGGCUUAAUAGAGGCUGCACAUGGAUUUCUUUAGUCAGUGACAGAUAGCACAUUGUUCUGUAUGAUUCAACACUGCCAUUCAUUGUUCGAGUCACUUGCACUGCUGGUUUUGGGAGCCAGGAGUAGAUUGAGAAACUCGAUGUGGAGGAUCAAAUUGAGAAAGACCUUGCUGUGGAGAAAAAAAUAAUUUGCCCAGCAACCCCGAAGGUGGAUAGAGUUUCUCGCUCUAUAUCAGAAAUAGCGAUUCACAUUUCUUUCAUGUUACUUGUGUUUGUGUUACUGUAAUGUUUAUCCUUGGAUGUUACAUGGCAAAGACCAUUCAUGAUAAUUCUCUUUAUGGAGAGUAAAAGAAAGAAAAAAAAAUUGAAUGUGAAAUCCAGUGAUUUGCCUGUGUUAGUUCUGUUGCUCAUUUGAAAGAGAUGUAUGAUA